AGGAACGGCCGCUUCCGGUUCACCAAUUAACUGAGGGGCGCGUCCUAGUGGCGGCGGCAGCCAGGUGUUAUCCUGUCUCGGUGUUGGAGGACCCGCCUCGGCACGGCCGGGCUCGGUCCGGCCUUGCGGUAAGCCGUCGGCCUCGGCUACCCACUGGUCCUGGUGACGGCGAACAGACGAGUGGACAAGCGGGCGCCAGGGUCUGAGGCGGCCUCUCAGUCCCGCCGCUGGCUCCGCGCCCGGGCUCGGGCACCGCUCCCUCCGUCAUCUGGUCCCCUUCCAUUCUCCGCCUGUCUGGCUGAGGAAAGAUGACAGCCAUCAAGCAUGCGUUACAAAGAGACAUUUUUACACCAAAUGAUGAGCGCCUGCUGAGCAUCGUAAAUGUCUGCAAAGCAGGAAAAAAGAAAAAGAACUGUUUUUUGUGUGCCACAGUGACAACUGAACGGCCCGUGCAGGUGAAGGUGGUCAAAGUCAAGAAGUCUGAUAAGGGAGAUUUCUACAAAAGGCAGAUUGCUUGGGCCCUUCGAGACCUUGCUGUGGUGGACGCCAAAGAUGCCAUCAAAGUGUGUUUUUCUUAGUUCUUUGGCCUGUGUCAGGAAGUUUCUUUCAUUUUAUAACAUGGUGUUGUGUAUUGUAAGAUGAUCUAAAUUUCUUGUUCUAUGACUGCUGAUCUAACACCUAACCAAGAAUUAAUCUAAAAUGCAUUAUUCAACCUUCACCCCACUCUUAGGCAACUAAAAAUAAAUGCAUAUACAUGUUUUAUUAUUA